AAUCAUCAUCAUCAUAAUCAACAAUCUAGCUUAAUUAGCGUGCUAGCUACCAUGGCCUACUCAAAGCCUUUCUCUCUUCUCCCUUUGCUUUCCAUUGCUUUCAUCCUUGCACUGCACACACCCAUGGCGGCUGCCCAACUCCGCCAUUUCUGUGCAAACUUUGCAACCUCCCCUCCCGACUCCCGCUUCCAAAAAAACUUAAACACACUUUUGGGUAACCUCUCCUCCAACACACCACGCAACGGUUAUAGUUCCGGCACCGCGGGUAAAUGCACCGACAAAGUCUACGGCCUGGCUCUCUGCCGUGGCGACGUCUCCACCACAGACUGCAAGUCUUGCGUAGCCGACGCCACCACCAAGAUACGUGAACUCUGCCCCAAAAACAAUGGCGGCAUCGUCUGGUACGAUAAUUGUCUUCUCAAGUACUCGGAGGAUGAUUUCUUUGGGGAAAUAGACGACGUGAAUAAAUUCUAUAUGGCUAACGGGGAAGAGGCGAAGGAUCCAAAGUCAUUCAUGCAGAAAACGAAACAGCUGUUGACCCGACUGGCGGAUAAGGCGGCGCUGCUGAAGAGCUCGUACGCGGCGGGAGUGGAGGAUAUCGGGGGAUCAUCGGUGAUUUACGGGUUGACUCAGUGCACCAGGGAUCUCUCCGGCGAGGAUUGUAAGAAGUGCCUCUACGACGCCAUUGCAGAGCUUCCACAGUGCUGUGGUACUGCCAAAGUGGGAGGGAGAGUUAUCCAAGGGAGUUGCAAUUUUCGAUACGAAACGUAUCCUUUUUAUAAAGGUGCUUGAAAAUAAAUACAAGAAAGGAAGAAAUGCUACAGCUAGCUAGCUAGCUACCUCGCUUCUUUAGUAUGUUACUAUAUAUAUAUAUAUGUUAUCUGUAUAAAUAAAAAGGGCGCCCCUGUAAGAGCUGUCCCUAAUAUAAUCAAGUCUGAGUCGGACUCGGUUAUAUUCUGAUCUUUACUUUUGGCGCGUGGUUUUCUUUGUUAAAGUGCGUUGUUUUAUGUGGGUGGUUUUAUAACUUAA